CAUGUUCUGGUCGUCUGCCGCCCUCCUCGCGCUCGUCCAGCUCUGCGUCGCCAACCCGCUGCUCCCGAAGCGGUGGGACGACUUCGGCGUGAAGCAUGCCUGGGCUGAGAUCCCCCGCGGCUGGGAGCUCCACGGCCCCGCGCCGGCGGACUACACCUUCGACAUGCGCAUCGGGCUCAAGCAGGACAAGUUCGACGAGCUUGUCACGUCCCUGUACGAGGUCAGCGACCCUGCCCACGAGAGGUACGGCCAGCACCUCUCGAAGGAGGAGGUUGCCGCGCUCGUCGCGCCGCACCCCGACUCCGUCGACCUCGUCGAGGAGUGGCUCUCCGCGCACGGCCUCGACGUCGCGUCUUCCCAGCGCUCGCACGCGGGCGACUUCGUGACGAUCCGCGUGUCCGUCGCGCAGGCGGAGAAGAUGCUCGGCACGCAGUACAACGUCUACCGCCACGGGAAGAGCGACGACUACGUCAUCCGCACGAUGAACUACAGCCUGCCCAACGUGCUGCACGAGCACGUCACCGUCGUCGCACCCACGACGUACUUCAGCACGAUGAAGAGCAUGAAGGCGACGAGCUUCGUGCAGGAGGACGGGCCGACGAUCGAGUCCGACGCCGAGUUUGCGCACCUCCUCAAGGGCCCGAGUUCGCUCGCGACGGUGCCCACGAGCUGCAACACGGUGAUCACGCCCGCGUGCCUGCGCGCGCUGUAUAACACCACGACGUACGUGCCCAAGGCCACCGCCAAGAACAGCCUCGGUGUUGCGGGCUAUUUGGAGGAGUUUGCGAACCGUGCGGAUCUGCAGACGUUCUUCAGCCGCUUCCGGACUGACGCGGUUGGCGGGACGUUCACGACCGUCCGGGUCAACGGCGGCCUCGACGACCAGACCGACCCUGGUGUUGAGGCGAACCUCGACAUUCAGUACACAGAGGGCAUCUCGUUCCCGACCCCGAACAUCUACUACAGCACUGGUGGUUCGCCCCCUUUCAAGGCUGACAGCAACACCCCCACGAACACCAACGAGCCCUACCUCGACUGGCUGAACUUCAUUGCUGCACAGACCACCAUCCCCCAGACGUUCACCACGAGCUACGGUGACGACGAGCAAACUGUUCCCCUCGACUACGCGACCACGGUCUGCAACCUCUUCGCGCAGCUCGGCGCACGCGGCAGCAGCAUCAUGUUCUCCAGCGGUGACGAUGGUGUUGGAGCUGGCGACUGCCUUACCAACGACGGCAAGAACACGAAGCACUUCCAGCCGAACUUCCCUGCUUCUUGCCCAUUCGUCACGACCGUCGGCGGAACCAUCCGUGUAAACCCUGAAGUCGCAGUUAGCUUCUCCGGCGGAGGCUUCUCGAACUACUUCGCUCGCCCGAGCUACCAGUCGACCGCCGUCUCGACCUUCCUGACCAAGCUCGGCAGCACGAACGCGGGACAAUUCAACACCACCGGCCGCGCGUACCCUGACGUCGCAGCUCAGGGUCAAGGCUUCCAGGUGGUCAUUGGCGGCCGCGUUGGCUCCGUCGGCGGAACGAGUGCCAGCUCGCCCACGUUUGCGGGCGUGAUCGCCCUCCUCAACGACUUCCGCCUCUCCCAGGGCAAGUCGUCUCUCGGCUUCCUCAACCCGAUCAUCUACUCGACUGGCGUUCCGGGCUUCAACGACAUAACGUCGGGCUCGAACCCCGGGUGCGGAACGAACGGCUUCACGGCAGGCGCCGGAUGGGACCCGGUCACCGGCCUCGGCACACCCGACUUCGGCAAGCUCCAGGCUCUCAUUGGGUGAGCGGCGGGGGGCGGGAGUCGUACUGUUACAAUACACUGUAUAUCAAAGAUGCCGGGGAGAAUGUGCGAUAGGCAACAAAGCGGGGGAAUCGAACUUCAAACGCAUCCGACGCCGGCAUGUUGCGCGCGCGUGUCAGUGUGGUCCGCGCCGCCUCGUGCGCGCCAUGGCAUGGGUCCCUGUGUGCGACCUCGCGGCGCACGCGUGGUCGGGGAGCGCCGCCGCGCGUGGCCGAUCCGCAUCGGCGGUCAUUCGAUCAGACGAGAGCGACAAAGUUGUUGCCGCAGAACGGGCACCGCCGCGUCGCAUCGAGCAGAUCUCGAAGGAACCGGCUGCCGCGCGCGGAGUUUGGAAGCCCGCUGCUGCCUACGGCGUCGUGCGCGGGCGUGGGCGCCCCGGUGUGCAGGAAGGCCUUACGGGUACAGCCCACGCACGUGCGCACGCUGGGCGUCGCGAGGAGGAGCGACGUGACGCAGCAGCGGGCCCAGACGUGGCCGUUGGGGCAUACAGCGCUGUCGGCGUCUUGCAACGGGAUAGAGGCGUGACAGGCCGGACAUAGCUCGUCAAGGCUGUCCGUGAUGCCUGGCCCAGAGGGGUCGGUGUUGGCUGUGGGAAGCAACUGAGAAAGCAGCUCCCCGGCUUCCUUCGCAAGUGCCGACGGGGUUCCUGCCAUGGUGGCCAAGAGAACCGUCCGCCGUGCGAAGUACACGUCACUCGCAUUCAAUACGUCCCUGAGGGCUGACAGAUGUCGGAGCACCACGAGGAGAAAGUGCGCGCGGAUGUCGCGAACGGAUUGAUUGGCUGCUUCCGCGAACUGUUGUUCGACGUCGGCCGCUGCGGAGCAGCUCUGGCAGUACGCGGCGACGGCGUAGCGGACGCGCACGGACUGGACACUCUUCCAUCCAAACAGAUGUUUCGCCAGGCUGUCCACGAGGUCAUGCGACAAAUUCACAUCCCAAUCGCCGAUAUAUGACGGGAUGACAAAGUCCGGGGCGGGCCCGCUGCAUGGAGUGUAGCUGAGGGUGUCUAGAAUGCGCUUGUGUAACCGAGCGAUUAUUUGCGGAUCCCGCAGGUGGAGGAGAAGGGACCGCAAGCGUCCUAUCGGCGCUCCCCCAAAGCCAGAGGGGGAGCAGCCGACGCGCUCCGCUAUUUCCCGGAUAAUCCGCUCGUCUCGGUUUUCCUGCCACAUUUGCGCCACCACUAAAGUGCUGACGUGUUUUGCGUCGUGCUUGUAGCUAAAGUCUGUGGGACGUGACGGUUCAUAGAUCCACAUGAACGUCGAGCGGUCGUCAUACGUAGUCAUGCCGUUAACUUGGUCGACAUCCUGAAAUGUCACCUUGUCCUGCUCGGUCUGGAGAAAGAUGGCGCGGGAAGCUGCGGAUAGCGCGUCGGAGGACACGCUCUCGGGAGAAGAGUCCAGGGUCGGCUCGACCGAGAUUCCGUGAACGACAUGGAAAGAUCCGUCGGAGAGCGAGAGAACAGACGCAUCGAGAUUUGGGUCGUAGCAGAUACCCGAUGCAGGAGAGAGCGCCGAGGAACCCACGGAGCGCGUUUGCGCCCGCAAGGUGAGUGUUUUGCAACCAGACCACCCGGCCUGUGGUGACUCUCCCGAAAGAAGAUGCAAAGUGCCCGCCUUGUGGACGAUUAGAACAGAAUUACCGCCGCGAGUGUUCACCCACUUCAUGCCAGU